AUGACAGUCAAGGUCAUCCACAAGGGGUAUACCAUUGAAAAGCAGCAAACAGAUGUCCUCAUCGUAGGAGCUGGUCCGGCUGGCUGCAUGUCUGCUGUGACUCUACAGCGAUACGGGAUUGACUUUCGUGUGAUUGACAAACGCCCGACGAGGACUCAGACUGGUCAUGCCAGCGCUUUCCAACCCCGAACCCAAGAGAUCCUACAGACCAUCAACAUCCUCAGCUCCCUUGAUACGCAGGGGCACCGUCUUACCGAGACAUCCUUCUGGCUCCGUGAGGGUACUGGCAGUCUUCGCCGCACCUUUACAGGUGCGGAAGUCGUGCACGCCACCCCAUACCAGUACCUGUUCAACACCGACCAGGGCAAAACGGAAAGCAUCUUUGAAGAUGAGCUCAUAGCCAGGGGCCAAAAAGUCCACCGAUUCCUGGAGCUUCUCCGCUACGAGUACAACCCCGACAGCAGCGCAUGGCCGCUGACGGCCUACAUCAAGAACCACGCGAGCGGUGCCAUCGAAUCCUGGCAGACCAAGUACAUUCUGGGCUGCGACGGCGCCCGCAGUGCCACGCGACGAGAGGCCGGCAUUCAAUCGUCCUCGCAGGGCGGCGAGCACGUCUGGGCCGUUGCCGAUGUGUACGCCGAGACUGACUUCCUCGACUACCGCCGCCGCUGCGCCAUUCAGACGCCCGACGGAGGGUGCAUGCUGAUUCCCCGCAAGGACGAGGGUGUGCGCAUCUUUCUCCAGGUGGACAGCGCCGAUGUGGACGCCCUCACAGGCAACAGCAGCACCGACAACGACGCCCUCACCGGCGACGGCAACGGCAACGGCAGCACCGGAAACGGCAAUGGUAGCCACGGCAGCAACGGCAGCGACGCCCUCACCUCGGAUGCAGCGUUCCAGCUUGCGCGCAUCGUGCAGACGCGCAUUAACAAUGUGCUGACCCCCUACCACAUGGAUAUUACCGACAUUGUAUGGAUCAGCCAGUACCGGGUCUCGCAGCGCGUCGUGCACGCCUUCCACGACGCCGACGAGCGAGUCUUCCUCCUCGGCGACGCGUGCCACACGCACAGCCCCAAGGCGGGCCAGGGCAUGAACGUGGGCAUCUGCGACGCCUACAACCUGACGUGGAAGCUGGCAGCCGUGCUUCGCGGCGCCGCGGUGCCGGCAUUGCUACGCACGUACGAGGAUGAGCGCCUCUGGGUCGCGCAGCGGCUGAUUGAGUUUGACGCUGUAUUUGCCAAGCAGUUUGCGCAGCGCGGUGCGGCUGCGGCGCGUGACAUCCAAGCGACCUGGGAGCAAGGCCACGGUUUCACCAGCGGCCUCCACUACCAGUACCCCGAGGGCAUGCUCGUCGACGGGCGCGUGACAGCCAGCAUCAGCGGCAAGGCCACGGAGCCGCUGCUCGCUGGGAAGCGCAUUCUGCCCAUAGACCUUGUCCGGCACAUUGACGGCACCCGGUCCCCACUGCUCGAUGUGAUGCCGUCCAACGGGCGUUUCCACUUGUUUGUCUUUGCUGGCAAGAAGCUGCGCUCGCCCACGUUGAAGGACCUAGCCGUGGCGCUCGAGUCUGCGCAGUCGCCGCUGCGCCUGUUCAACGAGUCGCCGCCGCCGGGUCAGACGGACCGGUUCCGCCACGAGGACAUUACCUCGACCUCGAUCCCGGCCACCAACCAACAGUACCUGAUUGACUUGUUUCUGGUGCACUCUGAGGACCACCUGGCCGUGCAGCUGGAUGAACUGCCCGCCCCGUUUUCGACAAAGUGGCUGAUGCGCAUCUAUGCCGAUGUGGACGGCGCGGCGCACUCGCAGCUGGGUGUGAUGGAUGAUGUGGGUGCGCUGGUCGUGGUCAGACCGGAUGGCUAUGUUGGGAUGGUGGCCGAGUUGACGGGAUUGCAGAGUGUGACGGAGUACUUUAGCAAAUUUAUGAUUGCUAUUGGCGGCUGA